AGAGCCUUUGCGUAUAUCAUAGCCGUGCGUCCGACUUCAACUGUCACACCUGUUACUAUCCCACGACUUUUAAGUUUUCUUGUCACUCCUUCCAACUCUUGCUUCAUCAUGCUAUACCAACUAUAUUUAGUCACCGUUCUUGUUGCGUGCGUUGACAGCGUAGUCUCCGCCCAGAAUUUCAGUCUCUAUGCCUAUGGUACCGGCAUCACGUCGGGCCUGCAGCUGUUCUAUGGAGAUGGCCAAGCCUACGUCGGCACCAGCGCGCCGUCCUUUCUAUCUCAAGCCGUGAACAUCACUCUCUCCAAGAGCGACGACGGCACGGAGUUCGUAGCCUCGCCGAACGGAACGGUGGACUGGACUUCUCAACCGACCAUGUACGUCGAUACCACGGACGGCGCCAUGAAUGCGGUCGGCUUCGUCGCGGGUAAUGAGACAGCCCCUGAUGGUGCGACUGUCACAGGCUUCGGUCUGUACGGAGGAUGGGCCUUUCACAGGGAUGACAGUUCGUCCAUCGAGAUGAAGUUCAUUGCCAGCCCGACAAAUGAAACAGAUGUCUAUCUGGUUAAAUGGAAUGCUGGAGGUACCAAAUCGGCAGAUGACGUUGCGAUAGCUUUAAGGACCAUGGCGCCUGUUGCUAUCUCUUCUUGAUCGAAAGUGGCAUCUUGGUGGGGGAACGGGGUUAUAUUCUGAGUGUCUUCUAUUGAACGGCUGCAAUGUCUUUUGAGUACUCCCAGAAAUGCAGGAGUAUCCUUUUAGUAGAGAAUGGGUAGCCAUCAACUCGUGAGAACGAUGCUGAGGCAGGUGUUGGUAAGGUGUGUGUGGCCUUCGAGCUGGAGAACCUCGCGGCAGGUCAAAACGUUAGGCCGGGUUCUAGUUGAAACAGCUCAUAUGUAAUUCUAC